UGCCGCCCCGGGGGGGGGGAGAGAACCGGCAUCCUCAGCACCCAAUCCCUAUGACACUCCACCUGUUAUCUACGGCUCGUAAAGAUAUGGGUUCCAGUGAUGACUGCUUAUUUUUUUUGUUUCCAGCUACCCAACCCCAGGUUAGGGUCACGGAAUCAGUCAACACUUACGGUUAUCUCUCCAGUGGUCACACUCAGCCUCACGCAUCUGGUGAAUAGUAGGGCCUCAGUGUGCCUGCCGGGCGAUGACUUAUAAGUCGCUGUGACGUCUUUAUACUGUCUCAUUUCCGGUUGAGGGUACAGGUCAGUUGUAUGCCCACUUCUUGAUGUGUAGGAUACAAAUAUAUAAUAUAAGUAUAUUAUAAUAAGAAAUAAUACUUCUCUUCAAGUGUUUCGAAUGGUAUUGUAUGACUGCACCGUCACAAUAAUCACACGGCUUUUUUGUUUCGUUUUUGUUGCUUUGAAUUUUAACACACUUAAACGUUGAGAGAUCAUUGGUAAGUAUAUAUCGUUACGGAAACCAGAAAAGUGUUUAUUCCUAAGAGAUGACUGGUUUUGAGAGUAUGUUGUUUUCUUUUUAAAAAAAUAAUACAUGAUUUGUGUCUCAUACAAAAAUGAUGUAGUUUAUAAUAAAAUAGAAAUGUGAAAUGUUUUUUUUAAAUUGUUUUUUUUUUUUUUUUUUUUUUUUAAAUGAUUAGAAUUUGGGGUCUGUGAUUACUAAGCAGCCAAUGAAACUAAAUAAUUAUCUUUAGAACAAUUUUUUGAUUUCAAAGUAGGGUUGCCCUUUUUAUAAUAAAAUAGAAAUGUGAAAUGUUUUUUUUAAAUUGUUUUUUUUUUUUUUUUGUUUUUAAAUGAUUAGAAUUUGGGGUCUGUGAUUACUAAGCAGCCAAUGAAACUAAAUAAUUAUCUUUAGAACAAUUUUUUGAUGUCACAGUAGGGUUGCCCGAUCGACUUCAUAACUCUGCAUCGCGGAUGCACAAUUGGAUGCACAAUUCCGUUGCAUGUCUAUAUUUAGAGAAGUCUUCCUCGUCUUUCUCGUGAUAUCAAACGCAAAAUGACUCUUCAGACGGCUUAUUUUACAUUUACUUAUUUUGCGAAUGAUCCUAUUUGAGCACAAUUUCUGAAGUCGGCAAUGAUAAUCUCCGUACUUUAAGGUCCCUUUAUGACUACGCGUGGUUUGUCUAGUUUCUUUUUAGUCUCAUUUUUGUAUUCACAUGAUAAACUUCCUCCAAACAGCAAAACACGUUAAACAGCUCCCGACAUGGCGCUGUCAGACCACCUGAUCAGUCCGGUCGUGUCGCUGUUGACCUGCAGCACGGCAGCCACCUUGUUACUGGCCGCUGCCGCCGUGACGGCAGCUGUUGCCUGGUACCUGUUCUACAGACCCAGCAGCCAGGAACCUUGCGACGACGACUGGUCGAGGCUAGGGGUCAGAUUUCCGAAGCUGCCGAUCACUUUUUUCGGCGGUAGCAAUUUCAGGUUCGUUAGCUCGUAUCUCCCAUUCAUAUUUCCAAAGGUUGUUUCCCGGUAAUUGGAAUUUUCCUGUAUUUUUUUUUUGGGUACUACAUACAUAGUGACAUUGCCUUGAGCGCUACUCCAGGAAUGUACAGGGAUAAAAUCUAUUCAAAUUGAGGUUAUAUGCUACCUUAACAAAUUCCUCGUUUCUAGCUCAAGUUAUCUGAAUGUGUUUACAAACAAUGGCAAAGUGAUAACAAUAUGGAUGCCAUGCCAAGUGUUUGUUUUCUUCAAGUGGUGAAGCACAAGUACUUAUCUUCAGCACUCUGAAGCUCUCAAAGUGUAUGUGCAUGUAUGUGUGGGUGCGUGCGUUAGUGUGCAUAAGCGUGUAUGUGCGCGUGUGUGUGUGUGUGCGUGAGCAUGUGUGUAUAUGUGUGCGUGUGUGUGCAUAUGAACAUGCGUGUGUGUGUUUGUGUUUGUUCGCGCGCGCGCGUGUAUGUGAAUGUUUGUGACCGUGCGCGUGUGUGUGUGAAUGUUUGUGACCGUGCGCGUGUGUACAUGUGUAUGUGCGAACGUGCAUGUUUGUAUGUUUAUGUAUGUGUGUGUGUGUGUGUGUUUGUGUGUGCAUGUGUACGUGUAUGAAUGUGUGUAUAUUUAUAUAUGUAUGUGUGUGUGUGUGCGUAUAAUUAUGUGUGUAUGGGUAUGUAUGUGUGUAUGUAUGCGUGCAUUCGGAAUUUUAUUGAACUUAAGGAGCUACAUGACUUCCUUUAUUUAUAAUUGCAUCACUGUUACUGCUUUGUUUUUUAACACCAACAUCACCUCUCCAGGCUGAAGAUAUCCCAGCUGCUGGAGCAAUACGGCGACACGGUCGGCCUCAGACUUGGCGGCAGGCUCUGGCUGCUGACGGUCAACCUUGACCUUCUCCGAACGAUUAUGGUCAAGGACUUCAACAACUUCGUGGACCGCGCCGACACGCUCAACUCCAACACGCCCAUCGCCAGAUCUCUGUUCUUUGCCACGGGCAACCACUGGCGCCGCCAACGUCAGAUUGUGUCCCCUACCUUCAGCUCCGGGAAACUCAAAUACAUCUCCAAGACGGUGGAGCUCUCGGCCAAGAAGCUCGCCGACUAUCUCGUGCAGCGCGCGAAAGACGGCGCGGUGGUGCCCAUCAAGGACACGAGUGCCCGCUACUCGUGCGAGGUCAUCGCCAGAAUAGCGUUUGGCUUGGAGGCUAACUUCAUACAGGAGGAAGCGUCGGAAUUUUUCGAGCACGGCAAGAACAUGCUUAUGCUAUCGUACGAGGGUAUCUCGAGGUUUAUUCUCAUGUCCAUGCAUCGAGUUCCCAACUUGGUGGACACCUGCAACAGGCUGUUUAAAUCUGUUCAGCUCUUCGACGCGGUCAACCUCACGAGCAACACGUACUUCAAAACUGUUUUAACCUCAACCAUCGCCGAACGGAAAAUGCAACAGCGCAGCGGGAAAGAGAGAAAGCACGUGGACUUCUUAGACCUGCUGCUGAAGGCUAAUGAGGCUGUCAGGGCGGGUAAUCCGGAGAAAGAUGAGGAGGGCAACGCGUCCCUGGCCGGGACAGAGGGUGUUGCGACGAAAGAUCUGGACGACGAAGAGAUGCUGGGGCAUUCCAUGCUUGUGAUCUUUGCCGGGCUUGAAACGACGGCGACGACGCUGCAGAUGUGUUUGUUUGAACUGGCAAGGUAUCCAGAAAUACAGGUAAGUAAUAGUAAAAGUACCGUACAGGUAAAACGACCUACCUAUCAAUAGUUUAACAUACCGUUUGAAACCCAGAAGGUUUGCUUUUAAGUUAGAUUAUUUCUUGUAUGUUCUAUAUAAAGAAAUAUUCAUGUUUUUUUUUUAAUAGUUAGCCUAACCGUCUGUUCUUGAAAGGCAUGUACAGUAUAACAUAUUUAUGUAUGGUCUAAAAUAGAUAUCAUUCUUUUAAAAUUCAUUCAUCUCCUUACACAUCCUCAAAUACUUGCCGAGACGUGAAAUCUUUAUAAACCUAUCAGCAUUUUCUGAUUUCAGGAUAAAGUCUAUACGGAAAUUCAAAACGUCCUGCCCGAAGGAGAGGCGUCACCCGAAGACAUCAACAACUUACACUACACGGAGUGGGUCAUCAACGAAACGCUCCGCCUGCACCCGCCCAUCCCAACGGUCAGCAGGAAGGCCAAGGAGACGAGGACCUACGACGGGAUCACGAUCCCCAAAGGAGCCUGCGUCAUGAUCCCGUUUUGGCACAUCGUCAUGGACCCCAAAAUUUGGCCGGAGCCCGAGAAGUUCAUCCCCGAAAGAUUCUCCCCCGAAGAGAAAGACAGACGCGACCCCAUGGCGUUCAUCUGUUUCGGACAGGGUCCGAGGUUAUGCUUGGGCAUGUGCCUGGCGUACCUCGAGCUGAAGCAGGCCCUCGUGCAUAUUUUAAGGAAGGUCAAGGUCGUGCUCAAUGAGAACACCGAACCCAAGAAAGGGGCCGGUGGCGUCGAGGUUAAGAGCUCUGGCCUGCUGACCCCGGUAAAGCCGGUCUUGUUGGCCUUCGAGCUGAGACAAGAUAACACCCAGACACCAAACUCAAGUGAUGACACGAACUAAAACUUAAAUAAAGUUUGGAAAAAAAAAAAAAUAUUUCAACAACGGUUCUGUGAAGCCGAAAAUACCCUUAGGAAAGUUUUCGCAAAAAUUAAUCUGCUUUGGUAACACUGUCGUUUAAACUUGACACAAUAUAUUGAACAAGUGAGAAAUAAACUAGUAAUAAAACACGCUUUCUUUAAAUAAUUUUUUUGGCAAAAAUUAAUGUAUUGUCUAUGUUAAAGAAUGAUAGAAAAUUACACAGUGCCUUACUGAGAAUGGAUUGCCUUUUACAAUAAAAUCAC